AUGACAAUAUUAUUUGUUAUUUUUUCAGGAUUAACAUCUAUAACUUCAAGAUUAGUUAAUUCAAUAUCUAAACAUAUAUUUCUUGUUGCUAGUAUAUUAAUAGCUAUACCAACAUUAUAUGAUUGAGAAGAAAUUGAUGUAUAUUAUACAUCAGAUGGUAUAGCAGAUGUAUUAAUAUUAUUAACUAUAUAUAUAUUACCUUUAUCAAUAAUUUCUAAUUGAAAUAAUAUAAAAAGUACAUUAUAUUUUGAAUUAGUAUUAAACUUAGGUAUAAUAUUAUUAAUUAAUUUUAUGUGUCAAGAUAUGACAUCUUUCUAUAUAUACUUCGAAGCAUCAUUAGCCCCUUUAUUUAUAUUAAUAGGUUUAUAUGGGGCUGCUAAUAGAGAUAAAGCAGCUGAUUAUGUAUUAAUAUAUACAUUAUUCUCAUCUUUAUUUAUGUUAUUAGCAAUAGCUUUAUAUGAAGUAAUAUUAGAUAAUACAGAUUAUCAAGCAACUAGUUUAUUAGUAUUAUCAUUAGAUUUACAAUGUAUAUUAUUCUUAGCUAUAUCUAUAGGUAUUGCAGUUAAAACUCCUUUAGCUCCAUUACAUACUUGAUUACCUGUAGUUCACUCAGAAUCACCUUUAGCUGGUUCUAUAUUAUUAGCUGGUAUAAUUUUAAAAUUAGCUGUAUUUGCUAUAAUUAGAUUAAUUUUACCUACUUUAUCAGAUGCUUCUGUACUAUAUACUCCAUUUGUUUAUGUUAUAUGUGUUAUAACUAUAAUAUAUACAUCUAUUAUUACUUUAAGACAAACUGAUUUAAAAGUUAUUAUUGCUUAUAGUUCUAUCUCACAUAUGGCUGUAUGUAUAUUAGGUAUAUUAUCUAAUACAAUAACUGGUAUUACAGGAAGUUUAGUAUUAUGUAUUGCUCAUGGUUUUGUUUCUCCAGGUUUAUUUAUAAUAGUAGGAGGUAUAUUAUAUGAUAGAUAUCAUAAUAGAUUAAUAUAUUAUUUCCAAGGAUUAAUUUCAUAUAUGCCUUAUUUAUCAGUAUACUUUAUAAUAUUAAGUUUCUGUAAUAUAGGUACUCCUUUAUCUAUUAACUUUAUUGGAGAAAUGUUAUCAUUAACUGGUGCUAUUAAUAGAGCUCCUGUUUUAGGUGCUAUAGCUGCAUUAUCUGUUUUAUUAUCUGCUUGUUAUCAAAUGAAAUUAACUAAUAGAUUAACUGGAGGUAUUAAAACUCCUUAUAUAAGUUUAACUUCAGAUUGUACUUAUAGAGAAACAGUUUUAAUGAUUACUUUAAUUGUUCCUACAAUAUUUUUAGGUUUCUUCCCUUCAUGGGUAAUAGACUUCUUAUGAGAUGCACCUAAUUUAUUAUAUAUAUUCAUAGUAUACCGUACUUUUAUUAAAAUAUCCAUCCCAUGAUUAUAA